UAGAAGACGAGACCGAAUAUUAUUGGAGAACCUUGGAACGCACUUGUUUGAACCAAGACGCUGGGACCAAUGUACCGUCCCGUCUCCGUCUCUGAUCAGGGAGCCGCAAGUGGGCUUGCCAAUUGGGGAAGGUGGGUAGGGUGGGUCUUCACGUCUUGACGUCGUGACGUGACGCGCCUACUCCAACUUGAAAAAGGUGGAAGGGUAAAAACGUCGUCACGCUAACAAAUUUCGCGUCUAUCGCAUCUUGUGAAUAAACCGUCAACCGUUCAACCCUCUCGUGUAACUAUUACGACCGACUCACCUCCUGUAGCCCUUGCUUCUAGGCACAAUAACAUACUAUUAGGUAUACGACAAGAUGGCCGAGGAACCAACCCUUCCCAAGUUACCCGCUGUCUCUUGGGAUUUCGAGACCGAAACUUUUAGCAACACGCGAAAACGCGCUCGCAAUCGAGGUGAACCACCCGCACCGCCAAUGUUCAACAACUCAAGCGAUCCAGCCGUGUUCUCCAGUGACGAUGAUCCUCAAUUGGAAAAUUAUACCGAAGGAAGACAUCGCAAGAAGCGAUAUAUUGGUUCCUGGUUUCAGCAACAUCUCGCAUCGUCCGACUCGACAUUUGGCGAGAGUAUACAGCCGGUACCUAAGACGAAUAGAACGUUUGAGCGCCAGUUCGACAGCGGAGUUUGGAUGGGAAGCGACAUCUCAGUAGAUACGGAAGACGAUACGAUCGUAGAUAUCGAGAUGCCUACUCAGUCAAAAUUACUGCAGCUGAGACAUGCGAGGCCUGUCGCAACCAUAUCUCCUAGCGAAGCGGCCGCUCGAGAAAAGAUACAGGCUGCAAUUGACCAAGGAGUUCAGUCCAUUGAUCUCUCCGCCUCGGGUAUCGAGACUCUUUCCAACGCGACCGUGUCUCAACUUUCCAUAUUUGACACCGUUCCUAUCAUAGAGGAAGCAUCUCCAUUCGAGUCGAGGCGACCAUUUCUUGAAGUUUACUUAUCUAGCAAUCCGCUUAUUCGUGCUCCUGGGGCUCUCUUCAACUUAGAACAUCUAACCGUUCUCAGUCUUAGGAGUACUCUGAUUACCGAACUCCCGCCGAGUAUUGGGAACCUGCGCAACCUACAGAGCCUGAACUUGUCUCUUACUCGUCUUCGGUAUCUGCCUUGGGAACUCUUGGACUUGUUGAAAUACCCAAGCAAGCUUCAAAAUCUGAACAUACACCCGAAUCCCUUCGACCGGCCAGAUCACUAUGAACCUCUUAUUACCAUGGAUAUUGAGAUAAAGAAUCCAUCUCUUGACGGGUUUACUCCUUUGGUAAACGAAAUACUGCGCCUCGAUCAUGGGAAGCAAGCACGAUUCUGGCUCGACAAACAGGACGGUAUUACUGCAGAACCUAGCCCCUGCCAUUACUUGAAGAAACCAAAGUGGGCGGCUGCUGUGCUUGCACGAUCACCAGUGCAAUACAGUGAUAGCCGAGGAGUUGUCAUCUCCAAGUUCCGGCUACUGGAGCCAAGACCAGAUGUUCCACUUGAACAAGGAUCAUCGUCAGUUCGAUCCAUCCAAACCGAAGAUCUGUGUUCAGCACCCGCGAUGCCCCUUCCCGCUAGACAAGACCUUCCUUCCACCACAAGUCGAAGCCGCGUGCCAUCUUUAUUCGAGCUAGCUCUCCAGUCUUGCAUAAAGAGUGGGCAGCUCCGCGACCUGCCGUCCUUCUUCCCGCCAAACUCACCACAAAGUAUCAUCGAUGCGCUGAAUCGAGUCGCCGAGCAAAGCGACGCAAACGCGAACUCGGGUAAUCUAACUUGCUCGGUGUGCAAGCGACGAGUCGCGGUACCUAUGACUGAGUGGAUUGAGUGGUGUCUAGUUGGGGAUAUUAAUACCGAUGCGGUGAUGCGAGCAGAGAAGGCGUGUGACGGACAGACUCAGCUUGCGGUUCCGUUCUUGCGACGAGGCUGCUCUUGGAAAUGUCUACCGGAGGUGAUGACGCCGGGACAGAGAGUACCGGGUAUGGUGAGAUUCAGUGUCGACUAGAGGAGCGACGUGGUUUAUGAUACCCCUGGCAUGUUUAGGCCAAAUAAAAAAGAGGAAAGGCGUAGUUUGAACCAAAUAUUCACAGUUGAGC